GCUCGCGCGAUUCACGCGCUCCUCGGCGAUAGCUUUUCCGCAUAUAGAUCCCUGUGUAUUUUCAGAGUCGUCGCAUUACGAAAGACCUAAACAUCGAUUCGCAAACAAUAUGAAACGAAUUCUCUCCAACUACUUAUACAGAAGUGACUUCAAGCAAUUGGGUUUCAGCAAAUUAGUGCCCUCCGUCCAGACAUCUUCCCUGCAUACGAUACAAAAUAAAGAUGACUUCAAACAGUUGCCAAAGCACAGGACACCAAGACGGCGGUUCUCUUUUAUCCACGAUCCAUAUUAUUCAUCGUCCGAGCAAGAGCAGCCCGAGGACACGCUCUUCGAGAUGUUCAAGAACAAGGACUCGGGCUUACUCUCAAUGGGCAAGUUCCUCGCGGCGCUUCGCAGCACCGGUCUCCGCAAAAAUGAUCCCCGACUUAAGGAGAUGAUGGAGAACUUGAAAAAGGUGCAGAAGAGUACGAACGCGGAAGGCGCUUCCAUCGACACGCAGAAACUAGACUUAGACACAUUCCGCAGCAUCGUCUCCCAGAAUAUCGGCAUCAUAUCGCGCGCCUUUCGCCACCAAUUUAUUAUACCGGAGUUCCAGAGCUUUAGCAAAGAGAUCGAAGAGAUCUAUUGGAAGUGCAAGGACAAUACUGACGGCAAAGUGGCCUCGUAUAUUCCUCAAUUAGCUAGGAUGAGUCCGAAUUAUUGGGGUGUUAGUAUAUGCACCAUUGAUGGCCAGAAGUUCUCAAUUGGUGACGUAAAUGUGCCUUUUACACUUCAAUCUUGUAGCAAACCACUAACUUAUGCCAUAGCUUUAGAUCAAUUGGGAGCGGACGCUGUCCAUGCCUACGUUGGGCAAGAGCCCAGCGGCAGGAAUUUUAAUGAACUUAUUUUAGAUCACAACAAAAAACCGCAUAAUCCUAUGAUUAAUGCCGGUGCUAUCUUGGUGUGCGCUUUAUUGAAGACUUUAGUGAAACCUGAAAUGACCCUAGCCGAAAAAUUCGAUUUUACAAUGAAAAAUUUCGAGAGAUUGGCUGGUGGCGAGGAUUUCGGGUUUAAUAACGCUGUGUUCCUAUCGGAACGUGAAGCGGCUGAUAGGAACUACGCGCUGGGUUUUUACAUGCGUGAACACAAAUGUUUCCCGCUAAAGACGAGUUUCAGGGAAUGUAUGGAUUUCUACUUCCAGUGCUGCUCAAUGGAAGCGAACUGUGAUACCGUAGCUGUUAUGGCAGCUACUCUUGCGAACGCUGGUAUAUGUCCUCUGACCGAAGAGAAGGUUCUUGGACCGGAAAGUGUUAGGGACGUGUUAUCUUUGAUGCACAGCUGCGGAAUGUACGACUAUUCUGGCCAGUUUGCCUUCAAAGUUGGCCUUCCGGCAAAAUCCGGAGUUUGCGGAGGUAUGUUGGUGGUAAUACCAAACGUGAUGGGGAUCUGCACUUGGUCCCCAGGUUUGGACAAUCUCGGUAACAGUUGCCGAGGAGUCCAGUUUUGCGAGGAAUUGGUGAAGAAGUUCAAUUUCCACAGGUACGAUAACUUGACGCACGCAAGCAACAAAACAGAUCCAAGAAGGCACAAGUUCGAGACGAAAGGUUUAAAUAUUGUCAAUCUGCUGUUCUGUGCAGCCAGCGGAGAUAUCACAGCAUUGAGAAGACAUAAAUUGUCGGGCAUGGACAUGACGUUAUCGGAUUACGACGGUCGCACUGCCCUUCACUUGGCUGCAGCUGAAGGGCACGUGGAAAGCGUGGAAUUCUUAUUGAGCUAUUGUCAAGUUCCUUACAACGUGAAAGACAGAUGGGGAAACACUCCGCUCGAGGAAGCCACCGCUUUUGGACACACCAAAGUGAUCACUCUUCUGCAGCAGUGGGCUGAGACUCAACACAAGGAGGCUCCGACCGUGGAGGAACAAGGCGACACGAGCACCCCAAUCCCACCUCACGCAGCUUAACUUAUCCCAAAAUAAAUAAACCGUAAUCAAAAACAAAAAAUAACGAAAAAUUCUAAAAGACAAACCUAUCUUCCAGUCAUCCAGGUUUAUCGAACAGUAUUAAAUUUAUCCCAACCCAAAUGCUAUUAUAUAUAUAUAUAAUAAAAUAUAGUUAUAUCUUUUAGUAACGUUGAUGUUGUAACUAAAAAUGCAGUUAGCUAGAGCAUUCUGAGAGUUGAUGUAAUGAUUGAUGAGGACAAUAAAAAUAAUUUUAAAGUUUCAA